UUGUUUUAUUUUUGUUUCCAAAUUUAUUUUAUAAUGGAAUGGUAUUUUCACCUUCAUAUUUUAGUUCUUAUUUUCAGGUAGAUUUUCUACAACUAAUCAUUGGUUUCAUUUGCACUAUUAUAGCAUUCCCAUUUUCAGUAUUUCCCCACAUAAAGAGCCCUAUGAGAUAGGUUGGACUCAGGACAAGCCCAGAGUCAUUCAGUGAACUUUUAUGGAUGAAGCUGGAUGGGAACCAGGGUUUUUGUUUUCCUGCUCCAAUGCCUUAACCACUACACCAGAUUAGUUCCCUAUGCAUGUUUUAUGAUAAUGAGCCAUGUAGUAGCCAAUCAGUAAGGCUUUGGACAUUCUUAUAUGUUUCUGAAUAACCCAUUAUUGCUAUUUUUAAACCAUAGCUGAAACAUUAGAGCUUAUUUAUUUAUUAUUUAUAAGAUUUCUGUGUCUUUCCAUAGGGAGUUCAAAGUAGCUAAUAAAGACAUUCUACAAAACCAAAUAACUCAAGGACUCAGUUGAAAAACAUAACUAAGAUUAAUAAAUGAACAAUCUACCAUUAAAACAAUAGAAAAGCCAGGAAUGCAGAAUUGUGUAACUUGUAUGUUAAGGACAGGAAAAGAAGGCCAGCCAAGGGAGUACUAUACAUUGGAUUCAAUUUUGUUCCUGUUGAAUAAUGUACAUCUUUCACAUCCUGUUUAUGUCCGUCGUGCGGCAACUGAAAACAUUCCUGUAGUAAGAAGACCUGACAGAAAAGAUCUCCUUGCGUAUCUUAAUGGAGAAACAUCAACAUCGUCGAGUAUAGAUAGAAGCGCACCAUUGGAAAUAGGUCUCCAACGAUCUACUCAAGUUAAAAGAGCAGCUGAUGAAAUAUUAGCAGAAGCAAAAAAACCAAGAAUAGAGGAUGAAGAGUGUGUGCGGCUUGACAAAGAGCGGCUGGCAGCUCGGCUGGAGGGGCAUAAGGAAGGCAUUGUGCAGACUGAGCAGAUCAGAUCUUUAUCUGAAGCCAUGUCUGUGGAGAAAAUCGCAGCUAUCAAAGCCAAAAUUAUGGCCAAGAAAAGGGCCACAAUUAAGACUGAUUUAGAUGAUGACAUAACUGCUCUUAAACAAAGAAGUUUUGUUGAUGCAGAAGUUGAUGUUACUAGAGAUAUUGUCAGCAGGGAAAGGGUAUGGAGGACAAGAACUACCAUUUUACAAAGCACAGGCAAGAACUUUGCCAAGAACAUAUUUGCAAUUCUUCAGUCAGUCAAAGCUAGAGAAGAAGGCCGUGCACCUGAGCAACGACCAGCACCAAAUACUGCGCCAAUGGAUCCAACUUUAAGGAACAAGCAGCCUAUUCCAGCUGCCUACAACAGAUACGAUCAGGAAAGAUUUAAAGGAAAGGAAGAGACGGAAGGUUUCAAGAUUGACACUAUGGGUACCUACCAUGGAAUGACUUUGAAGUCCGUAACGGAAGGAGCUUCAGCACGAAAGACUCAGGCCCCAGCAGCACAGCCUGUGGCAAGGCCAGUUUCCCAAGCAAGGCCUCCUCCAAACCAAAAAAAAGGAUCUCGAACACCAAUUAUCAUUAUUCCAGCAGCUACCACCUCGUUAAUAACUAUGCUUAAUGCAAAAGACCUUUUGCAGGAUCUCAAGUUUGUACCAUCUGAUGAAAAGAAAAAGCAAGGCUGUCAGCGAGAGAACGAAACUUUAAUACAGAGAAGGAAAGACCAAAUGCAGCCUGGUGGAACUACAGUCAGUGUUACAGUGCCAUAUCGUGUUGUUGACCAGCCUCUUAAACUCAUGCCUCAAGAUUGGGACCGUGUUGUAGCUGUGUUUGUGCAGGGUCCUGCUUGGCAGUUCAAGGGCUGGCCAUGGUUAUUACCUGAUGGAUCACCUGUUGAUAUUUUUGCAAAAAUUAAAGCCUUUCAUCUUAAAUAUGAUGAAGUUCGUCUAGAUCCAAAUGUCCAGAAAUGGGAUGUAACAGUUUUAGAACUCAGUUAUCAUAAACGGCACUUGGACAGACCAGUGUUCCUGCGUUUCUGGGAAACAUUGGACAGGUAUAUGGUCAAGCAUAAAUCCCACUUGAGAUUCUGAAUUCUUGACUGCCAAUUCAUUCUGAAAACUAUUGUGAUCCAGAGAGGAAAAAUUUCCCUGUCAGCAUUUGUCAAGAACAUUAUUACAGAUAAAGAAGGAGUCAUAAUUCAAUCUUUUAUAAGACGUUGUUGGAUCACCAUGUUGCAAUGAAAGGCCAACAGUUCUUCUCUAUAACAAGCAGGGGGGUUUGCUUAAAACUAUUUUUUAAUAACAUAAGCCUUUUAGCCUGCAAUUCAAAUUGUAUAUUUUGAUAGCAGCCAUUUCUUUCCCAUUUUGUUAAAUUAGCAAACUUUUUACAAUUACUUUUUUGUUCUUCAAUAGAAUAUAGGUUGAUUUUCAUGGAAGGUUACAAACUUAUGUGUGUAUGUAUAUAUAGAAAUAGAGAUAGGUGUUCUAAACCACUUCGCUUCUAAGCAUAGUUCUUGGUUCUUUGUUUUAUUGUUUCAUUUGUGAAAAACAUUUUGUUUUGAUUGGUAUUAUCUUCUAGUCUAAAGAACUCUAGGAACUGAGCUAAGUGAAGGUUGCUUUAGCUUAAUCAAAUUGUCAACCUGUAUAUGUAUUGUAUAUUCUUUCCGUCUUUGAAAAAAGGGAGAAAAAAAA